CGGACUGACAGAUGCAGGUGCUUCAGAGGCAGGAGGUGGGUGUCCAGCAUCCAGAGACUAACUAAUAGUCCUGUCAGGGAAUCUUCGUGGGAUGCAGGGGUCAGAUGUCCCUCCAGAAUGGGAACCAGCAUGCAGGCUGCUAUUCCGGGGCUCUGAUCAGGCUGUUUAUUUAUAGCGCUGGGGGGGAGGGCUCCCAACACAAGCAGCAAGGAGGCAGCUCUGCUGCAGUGUCACUGUUAACAUUGCCACUGCAGACCGCCAGCACCCGCCGUUGCUGUUGCCGCAGAGGACAGAGGUCUUUCAGCUGGCCAGACCCCCAGGGCAGCUGGGUGCUGUGUGAGGCUCGGAGGUGGAGAGCCUGAUGGGCAGCACCAUGGAGCCCCCAGGGGGUGCAUACCUGCACGUAGGCGCUGUGACCUCCCCGGUAGGGACAGCCCGAGUGCUGCAGCUGGCCUUCGGCUGUACCACCUUCAGUUUGGUUGCUCACCGUGGUGGUUUUGGGGGUGUCCAGGGCACUUUCUGCAUGGCUGCUUGGGGCUUCUGUUUUGCCUUCUCAGUCCUGGUGGUGGCCUGUGAGUUCACGAGGCUCCACAGCUGCCUGCGCCUCUCCUGGGGCAACUUCACAGCAGCCUUUGCCAUGCUGGCAACUCUGCUGUGUGCCACGGCCGCCGUCAUCUACCCUUUGUACUUCACACGGCUGGAGUGCCCACCUGAGCCUGCCGGGUGCAUGGCCAGAAACUUCCGCCUGGCAGCCAGCGUCUUCGCCGGGCUCCUCUUCCUGGCCUACGCUGCUGAGGUGGCCCUGACACGGGCACGGCCGGGUCAGGUAGCCAGCUAUAUGGCUACGGUGUCUGGACUCCUUAAGAUCGUCCAGGCCUUUGUGGCCUGCAUCAUCUUCGGGGCCCUCGUUCAUGACAGUCGCUAUGGGCGUUACAUGGCCACACAGUGGUGCGUGGCUGUCUACAGCCUGUGCUUCAUGGCCACAGUGGCCGUGGUGGCCCUGAGUGUGAUGGGACACACAGGGGGCCUGGGAUGCCCAUUUGACCGCCUAGUGGUAGUGUACACCUUCCUGGCUGUGCUCCUAUACCUCAGUGCCGCAGUCAUCUGGCCGGUCUUCUGCUUUGACCCCAAGUACGGAGAGCCAGGACGGCCCCCUGACUGCCGCCGAGGCAGCUGCCCCUGGGACAGCCAGCUGGUGGUAGCUAUUUUCACCUACGUCAACCUGCUCCUUUACAUCGUCGACCUCGCCUACUCCCAGAGGAUCCGUUUCGUGCCUACCUUGUAGCCUGACCA